CAGUAAUCAGUAGUUUAUUUUUUCACCACACAUGAAAUACACUAAAUGCAUACGGAAUGUAAAAGGAAGCAAAAACGGAUAAUUCGAGGUGAAAGGAGUCGCGAAAACCAAAAUUGGUUAUCGAGCGGCGACACCUGAGCUAAAGUCUAAUAAAUGAAUCAUAAAACAAUGAAAAAAGUCAAACAAUAAAUAAAAGAAUAUAAAGAAGUGAAAAAUCGAGACGACCUGAAUCCAAGAGACGCUCGAAACACAGAAAAGCAAAACCAAAAACGACUUCAAGCACAUAUGUGCGAGUAACUAUGGGAACGGCAGCAGGAAUGCAGUACAGUGCGAUGACAGGAUACCGAACAGAUAUCGCAGCGUUAUGGAAUUGAUAGUUAUUUAAACAGAUUUUAAAUAUAUCCCGGUAGGGAUAUUAUGCCGAUAACACGGCGUAAUCAUAGUUAUAAAUGUUUGCCAAGAGUUCAAAUAAGAUUGCAAGUGCUGGGGUGCAAGAAGAUUGCAAGUGCUGGGGUACUGUCGACUCUGGGAGGUUGUGGACCUAGUCAAGUAUUCUGCUGGCAGUGCCGAGGGAAAGUCAGUAAGCACAUCAAACAGAUGUGCUGGAGAAAGACAGGGAAUUUUGAGAUUUGCUCAGCGAAAAGCGAGGUACAAAAAGAUUGGAUUUGGUCGAAGAGCGUGUGUUGUGUUCAUGCACAGAGUGUUCAUAGUAUUUUGGAGCGUGGUUGAAUCUUUGGCACUGGCAAGCAAGCAAGCGUCAUCGGCGAAGAGUUUUGUUAAAAGAUUCGAACAGUUCGACAAAUCAUUUAUGAAAAGUAAGAAAGCCAAUGGUCCAAUGACCGAACCUUGGACAAUUCCACAGUGGAUGGGCAACAUCGGAGACCUAUGACAUCCUACUUCAACAAACUGUGAUCGACCACUCAGGUAAUUACAUAAUAGUUUGCAUGCGUUACCUCUAAAACCACAGUGUAUCAACUUUUGGACAAGAAUUUGAUGAUCAACUGUGUCAAAGGCCUUCUUUAAAUCCAGGAAUGCACAACAGACAGACUCCCCUUUAUCAAUUUUUUCAUAGAUAAAUGAAAUAAGAUCUAGGAUGGCAUGGGAAGUCGAGUGAUUGGAUUGAAAUCCGAAUUGGCAUUUGUCGAUCAGAUUGAAUUUGUUACAGAAGUUGAGCAUUCUUUUAUAGACUAAUUUUUCCAGGACGAUGCCGAUACAGGGUAGAAUUGAAAUUGGCCUAUAAUUUGAAGGAUUAUUUUUGUUGCCACUUUUGAAGAUGGGUAUUACCCUAGCAAUCUUCAGAGCGGAGGGAAAAAUUCCUAAACUAAAUGAUAGAUUAAAGAAAUGACUCAAAGCUGGGGAUAUGCUGUCUGCGACUAAUUUUAAGAAAAAAGAAGGAAUAUUAUCAUGCCCAACUGCUUUGCCUUU